AUGGCCACUUCGUCGAUGCUCUUCCUGUCGUUCUGGGUUUUGGGCGUCGGCAUCGCCGUGGCCGUGAGGGGCAACUCCACGGUUUGCAUAGCCGCCCUUCGCUGGCCCACACUCUACGUCGGCAUCGCCUUCGUGGUCGUCUCUCUCUUCGGUUGCUUCUGCUGCUGCGCCGCCAUGCGUAUCGGUUGCUGCCCCAAGAACUUCUUCCUCGUCGGCCUCUUCUUCGUCCUCAGCGUCGUGGUCGUCUUCAGCCACGUCGCCGUUAGUAGCAAGUACUGGGGCACAAUCAGCGUGUGCCUCGGCCACAGGAACACCUGCGAUGGCAUGAGCCUCCUCACAAACUCUCCAGUCCAGUCUGGAUGCUGCAAGCCACCAUCAUCGUGUGCAUUCACAUACGUGAAUGGCACGACGUGGUCACCACCAACAGCUGCCGUGGACCAAGACUGCAGCAGGUGGAGCAACGAUCAGCGAACGCUUUGCUUCCAGUGUGACUCGUGCAAGGCAAGCGUCGUGGGCCGAGUAAAUUGCACAGAAGUACCACAAUUGGGGCAUUGGAAGCAGAUUGGUACCAAGAUUGGCGCCACGCUGGCCAGUGCGCGCGUCGCCUGCGCUGGCUGCGCGCUGACUCGGACGAGGCCGGCCCGUUGGUGCGACCGAGCCAGACCCCGACCCCGCUCUGCCCUGUUCCUUUUCCUCGCACCCUCGCCGGCGGCUGCCUCCCCGCCCGCCCCACCGCCGCCGCACCACGCCGCCGUAGCCAUGGAUCGAACUGCUUAG